AUGAGUGAAAACACUGAUACCAAUGAUUUAAAUCAAGAUGUUUUAAGACUUUAUAGUUCAUCCGGUCACGAAUUUGUGUUAUCUAGAAAAAUGUCAUAUGUUUCAGGUACCAUUAAAUCAAUGUUAAGUGGUGAUAACUCAAAUUUUAUGGAAGAUCAAAAUAAUGAAAUUCGUUUUAGAGAAAUUUCAACACCAGUUUUAGAAAAAGUUAUUCAAUACUUUUAUUUUAAACACAAAUAUACAAAUAGCACAACUGAUUUACCAGAGUUUCCAAUUAAUGAAAAGGUAGUUGUAGAUUUAUUAUUAGCUGCCCAUUUCUUAGAUUCUUAA